CAGAUCCAAGCGGUGGCCAAAUGUCUGACUCCGGCAAUGAGUGUCGCGAUGAUGAUCGGGGUUAUGGUGGUUGUGAGGGCCCGGAUGCCAUGUAUGUCAAACUCAUUUCGUCCGACUCUCACGAGUUCAUCAUUAAGAGAGAGCACGCGUUGACCUCCGGAACCAUUAAGGCUAUGCUUUCGGGACCCGGUCAAUUCGCCGAAAACGAGACAAACGAAGUCCACUUCCGGGAGAUCCCGUCCCAUGUGUUGCAAAAGGUGUGCCAAUACUUCACAUACAAAGUGCGAUACACCAACAGCUCGACCGAAAUCCCUGAGUUCCCGAUCGCACCCGAGAUUGCAUUGGAGUUACUGAUGGCCGCAAACUUUCUCGACUGUUAGCUCUCAACAAAGAUUUCUCUAUUUAUUUGCCUUUAAAUCGAUUCAAAAAUUAAAAUAAUUUCUAAAGCUUUCGUUUUGUUCCCAUUUUUUUUCUAAACGAUUAAUCAAUAAAAUUCAAAACAAUAUUUUUUAUCAA